CCAUACGGUCCAACAACCCGUAUUAUUUUAUUACCCCAUUUCUCCCUAAAUCUCCCAUGUCGUGUUUAUUGUGUUUGCUUCUCAUCCAAAUCUCAUUUCGUCAUUAAAGGUCCAUUUUUUCAAAACCACCAGUUAGAAAUUCUCACCUAUUUUGAGAGUUUUCACUUUUCUCUGAAUUCAUGGGUGAAAGAUACAUUUCCAGAUGUAUGUAAAGCUGCGCUACUAAACGAAAUUCACCGCAACGACGUGUUUAUAGUGCCUUAAGUGUUUUUAUAAAAUGGUUUCAUCAGAGCAGUCCCACUAUCAAAAUUUCUCAUUGGCCAAGCACGGUGGUCGGAGCAAAAAUACUUCCUUCUAUUCUGACACUCUUCUGUUCGCCGGCGGCGCUCUGGUGGCUUUUUUGGUUGUUUGGGCUUUCUGGUCCUUUUUCAGUCCAACCCCUGCCCCAGCGCCUAGUUUCUCUUACAACUCAUUUACCGAACGUAAAUCGGCAGGUUCAGAGAGUGUAUCCGCCUCACCUUUGACGAGCUGCGCCGAUGGUGCUUCGGGUUUUGACAUGGUCCUCGACCCACCCGACCCGAAUUUUUACGAUGACCGGAAGUUGAGCUACAGCAUAGAGGCGCCACCGGUUAAGAACUGGGAUGAAAAAAGAAUGGAAUGGCUUAAGCAACACCCAUCAUUCGCCGCCGGAGUAGAAAAUCGGAUUCUAAUGGUCACCGGCUCCCAAGCCACGCCGUGUAAGAAUCCUAUCGGCGAUUAUUUGCUGCUGAAAUUCUUCAAGAACAAGGUGGAUUACUGCCGACGCCAUGGAAUUGAAAUUUUCUACAACAAUGUGUUGUUCCAGCCCAAGAUGUUUUCAUUUUGGGCCAAAACGCCCACAAUUAAGGCCGCAAUGCUGGCACACCCGGAGGUUGAGUGGAUAUGGUGGGUCGAUUCCGAUGCCGCCUUCACCGACAUGGACUUCAAGCUUCCACUGGACCGGUACAAGGCCCAUAAUCUAGUGAUCCAUGGAUGGCCCAAUUUGAUCUACGAGAAGAAGAGCUGGACUAGCAUCAAUGCAGGUGUGUUCUUGAUUAGAAAUUGCCAAUGGACAAUGGACUUCAUGGAUGUGUGGGCCAGCAUGGGCCCACAGUCCCCCGGCUAUGAUAAAUGGGGUGAAAUUUUGAGCUCAAUUUUUAAAGAUAAGAUUUUCCCAGAAUCAGAUGAUCAAUCAGGUUUAAUUUAUUUAUUAUUAAAAGAAAAAGAAAAAUGGGGAAAUAAAAUUUAUGUGGAGGGUGAAUAUUAUUUUGAGGGGUAUUGGAUGGAAAUUGUUGGUAGACUUGAUAAUAUUACAGAAAGGUACAAUGAAAUUGAGAAGAGGGAGCGCAGGUUAAGGAGGCGCCAUGCUGAGAAGGUAAGUGAGAGUAAUAUUCCGGUGUGGGAGGAAUACCUGAAGGAUGCUGGGUUUGGGCGAGAGGGUUGGCGUAGACCGUUCAUUACACAUUUCACCGGGUGUCAACCCUGCAGUGGGGUCCACAACAAGAUGUAUUCUGGUCAGACUUGCAUCGAUGCCAUGCAGAAGGCUUUGGCUUUUGCUGAUAAUCAGGUUCUUAGGAAUUAUGGUUUUAUGCACCCGGAUCUACUGGAUCCUUCCACCGUGAAUCUUGUGCCGUUCGAUUAUCCUGCAUGAGAGUUCAGCUGCUACUAUUUGUUUGUUUCAGCAAAUGUAUUUUGAAUUUUAUUUGUCUGCCCUACAUACGUAUAUACAAGUUUUAAAUUUAAGAUAAAAUUCAAUUAUCGUCAGUGUGAUAUUAUGAAUGAAGGAUUGAAUAAUAGCUGACAAUGUUCAAAUAAGACAAAGAAAAUAAAAUUAUGUUCAAAUA